AUGAAUCUGGGUGGAGGUCGAACCAUCCCCGAUACGGAAAUUGCUGUCCCAGGAUUUUAUGAAGUUCAAAAAGUAGACUUGGGAUUUUGGAGUAGUUUUAUCGAGAAUGAAAAAACUUAUCAAACCUUUAUUGCUCCUAGUGAUUAUAGCACCAAAGUUCGACAAGGAAUAGUUAACUUAAAUGCUGUUAAGGAAGCCAUCGAGGCUCUAAAAAAAACAGCCCAAAAAAUAGGUGGGACACUUCUUAAAGUCUUUUCGGCUGGCACUAUUAAUUUAAGUGGUGAUGAAAAUAAGGCCAUGGAAGAUUUAGCCAGUGAAAAAAUGGGCUUGGGUAAAGAAAGAACAGGCAAAGUCCAAGAACAACACACCGAAAGGCUAUUUAAAUCUACCUAUGCCGAAGUUUUGAAUAAUACUAUCGAACCUUCUAUUUUUUAUUCUAAUACAAUAACUUUUCCUUAUAAUUUUAAUAAUUUGCUGAAUAAUCUAAUCCAUAACAAUAACGAAAACCCCAUCACUUACCCAUUAAAUAUUACUUUUGAAAAAUUAGGUAAUAUUUUAAGAAAAGGUUAUUGGCAAGGCAAAUUAACUCUGGAUUAUGACCCAGGAGGACGAAUGGCCGAAUGUUUUGCCCGAGGAGUUAGUUUUUACGAUAAUAAAGAUAAAACGGAAUUUCCUAACCCUAAAUUAGGAGUUAAAGAGAUAGCCGACCAAAUUAAAUAUUCAGGAACAGGAGGAGAAAAUUACACAGCCCAAACCAUAGUUGAACCAGGAGAAGGAAUUACAAUUAAUAUCCCUUACACAGCCGACCAACGAGGCUACGGACACUCCACUUUUAUCCGUCUUACUAAUUCAAGUGUCAUGGACGAUUUUAAAAAUGCCGUGGUUAGUUCUAGUGGUUGUAAUGCUGGUGGCCUCCAUUAUAGUUCCAGUAAGGGUUUUUGCUGGGGCUGCACUUAUGACGAAUUAAAAAAACAUAAUUUCGUUUCCACCAAGUUUACUCCUUCGUCUGCUUGUCAAGUGUUAUUAAAAUUGGAUGUCAGUUCUAGUGAAAUCAAAGAUUUAGACUUAAAAGCAGGAGUAGAAUAUACAGUAACGAUUACUGAAAAUCAAUUUAUUUUUAAAGAACAAGACCGAACCAAAAUUGUUAUUCAAAAACAACCAGGACACGAUAAUUUUGAUAAUUUGGACUGA